ACGAACUUCUACACAAACUGUUAUAUAAAGACAUUUAGAAGUAGAAAGAACCUCCACAGAUCUAACCUGUCCACAGAUCUAGAAGAAGUACUUCUUCUUUGCCUCAUCCUCAUCUUCUUCACUUACCUUCUAGACAAACAAUACGCAGUAGUUGAAUAUGUUGGACGGGAAGCGUCCUUGCAAGUAGUUCGAAGGAAGUUUUCUUCAAGGAAAGAACUUUGGGUGAAAGACGUGCUGGGGCUGCCACAUUUCACUCUCCUCGUCGGAGCAACCGACACGGAUAUUCUUACUCUAGCAUCCAAAUACUUCUAC